GCCCCUUUCCUUUUGGAAAUCCUUCUUUAUAAACAAACCAAGCGGGGUGUGAUGAUGAUGGAGGAGGAGGACGGGGUGGUUAAGGAAGAAGGGGUUCCCCCCUGUCUUAAAAGCGGCUUCCGGUUGUGCUGCCAUAUUCCUUUUUUGGAAUGGGGCGGGGAGACGGAGCCUUGAAAUAAAACAAGGCACCGAGCCAGGAGGAGGAAGCAAAGCGGGGCGACGCGAGCGCCUGAUGCCGCGGUGACGGGAGGAGAGAGAGAGAGAGAGAGAGACCCCACCCCACGGGAUACCCCCAACAGCCGGGAGGCGCCUUAGAAAUCACUUUGGGGAGAGGAGACGCUGCCCCUGAGCCGCAGCCGGGCGUGGACCUCUGCUGCUGACAUCACUUCUCGAAACUGCUCCAAGUUGCAAUCAGUCUCCCCAGCCAUUUGCUGAUCUCUUGCCUUCACACCGAGAAGGGCUGGGGCAGCAUAAGCAGGAGGAGACGGGGCGAAGUCAGCCCCCCUCGCCCUGUCUGGAAGGAGAUAGGAACUGGCACGCAGACACACACUGGCUCGUUCAGGGGCCCGAUCCUCCACACAGAGCCAGCGUCCCGGUCUCUCGCCUUCCCUCCCGCCGCGUCGCCCCUUUCCCACGUUCCGGGCCAGAGAGGCGCCAAAAUGAGCCGGCUGGCCCGCUCUUGAGCUUCUCUCUUUCUAUUUCGCGUUUGUUUCCCUUUUCUUUCAAUCUGAGGCGCGGAGUCAUUAUUAUUUAUUUUAUUUUACUGCUUGGCUCCACUGAGAGUCGCUGAAGAUCUGAUCGGUUCCCUUCCCGUGCUUGGGAGGGGAGGCAGGCAGACGAGCCGCGAGAGGGCUGAGAAAGGAAGCCGCCUCCUUCUGGCUGCGUUGGAUUCCUUGCCUUUAGGAGGAAGGCAAAGGUUCCUGAAGCGGCACUGGAUUGUUCAUCUGCCACCCUGUCCUCCAUAGAACGGCUGUCACAUAGACAGAGCUAUCUUGGAUCAUGGGGAGCAGUAAGAGCAAACCCAAAGACCCCAGUCAACGGAGACGCAGCCUGGAGUCCACGGAGAAUAUCCCCGGUGGCUGCUCUGCCUCUCAGACACCUAGCAAGACCACCGUUACAGACAUCCAUCAAACUCCCAGCCGUGUAUUUAGCACAGCUCCAGAAGCAAAGCUCUUUGGGGGCUUAAAUACAUCUGAUAUGGUCACCUCUCCUCAGCGCUGCGGAGGAAUAGCUGGUGGAGUCACCACAUUUGUGGCCCUCUAUGAUUAUGAAUCACGGACAGAAUCGGAUCUCUCUUUCAGGAAAGGAGAGCGUCUCCAAAUUCUCAACAAUACGAGAAAGGUGGAUGUCAGCAGCCAGAUCUGGUUCAGAUUCAAAGGGCUCCAAAGGGAAGGAGAUUGGUGGCUGGCUCAUUCCCUCACAACUGGUCAGAAAGGCUACAUCCCCAGUAACUAUGUUGCACCCUCAGACUCCAUCCAGGCUGAAGAGUGGUAUUUUGGCAAGAUAACCCGCCGAGAGUCUGAACGGCUGCUACUCAAUCCUGAGAAUCCCCGAGGGACUUUCCUGGCCAGGGAGAGUGAGACAACAAAAGGUGCCUACUGUCUCUCCGUCUCGGAUUUUGACAAUGCAAAGGGCCUCAAUGUGAAGCACUACAAGAUCCGUAAGCUGGACAAUGGGGGCUUCUACAUCACUUCCCGCACACAGUUCAGCAGCCUUCAGCAGCUUGUGGCUUAUUAUUCCAAACAUGCAGAUGGCUUGUGCCACCGUCUCACCAAUGUCUGCCCCACCAGCAAGCCUCAGACACAAGGCCUGGCAAAGGAUGCCUGGGAAAUCCCUCGGGAGUCACUGCGGUUAGAGGUGAAGCUGGGACAAGGCUGUUUUGGAGAAGUCUGGAUGGGGACCUGGAAUGGUACCACCCGAGUGGCUAUAAAGACUCUGAAACCUGGGACAAUGUCUCCAGAGGCGUUUCUGCAGGAAGCUCAGGUCAUGAAGAAACUGCGCCAUGAGAAGCUGGUGCAGCUGUAUGCGGUCGUUUCAGAAGAGCCCAUUUAUAUUGUAACAGAAUACAUGUGCAAAGGAAGCCUCCUGGAUUUCUUGAAGGGGGACAUGGGCAAGUAUCUGAGGCUGCCCCAGUUGGUAGACAUGGCCGCUCAGAUUGCAUCUGGCAUGGCGUAUGUGGAGAGGAUGAACUAUGUUCACAGAGAUCUCCGAGCUGCCAAUAUCCUUGUGGGGGAAAACCUGGUGUGUAAGGUAGCUGACUUUGGAUUGGCACGACUGAUUGAGGACAAUGAAUACACAGCUAGGCAAGGUGCUAAAUUCCCCAUUAAGUGGACUGCCCCAGAAGCUGCUCUCUACGGCCGGUUCACCAUCAAGUCAGAUGUGUGGUCCUUUGGAAUACUGCUGACUGAACUAGCCACAAAGGGCCGAGUGCCAUAUCCAGGCAUGGUAAACCGGGAAGUACUUGAUCAAGUGGAACGUGGCUAUCGGAUGCCUUGCCCACCAGAAUGCCCAGAAUCUUUGCAUGAUUUGAUGUGCCAGUGUUGGAGGAAGGAUCCUGAAGAAAGGCCAACCUUUGAAUACCUACAAGCUUUCUUGGAGGACUACUUCACAUCAACAGAGCCUCAGUAUCAGCCAGGCGAGAACCUAUAGAUCUGGGGACAGAAUCUGAUGCCAAAGACUCUUUGUUGCCUCCUCCUGCAUCUGUGUUUAAGAACCAGAGACCUUGAGACAUAUUUGGAAUAACUCCAGAACAUCCACGAGGGUCGUCUCCUCAUCUGGUGAUUUGCCCUUCCUUUCAAGGAUGCUACUGGGGUGGUUGUUCAAACAAAUACAGUGCCCUUGGCUGCUCUGUAUUAAGAAAGUCCUGAUAGGUCAUGACUUAAACAACAUGUCUCAGUUCUUUUUAAUAUGAAGUUAGCUGUGGUACAGCAGACAGGGUUUCAAACAAGCCAAGUCUUCUAGAAGAGAAGAGGUCGAGUGAAAACUAGGGAGUCGUAUUCAUGAGGGCCACCUGCCUUCUGGAGUUUGCCCUCCCUCCAACCCACUCUGGGGGACAAUCAGAAGGAACUUGACAACCUGAAUCUGAUGGAGACAGAUGGGCUGCUUUGCAGUCUGCAUGACUUCACAGUUCUUGGGUCAUCUCUGAUUGGCAAUGUUAUAGAAUGAUGCCUUUUGGAUUCAUGUGGCUCCUAUUCUCCUUUAUUUCUAAACCAGCACAAUUUCCCCUCUCCCUUAUUAUAUCCAAAUGCCACUGCCUGGAAUUUGACUGAGUGCUUCAUUCCAGGAAACACUGUAACCCACUUUAUUAUGGACACUUGGUGUUUCCAUGUACUUGUGCUCCUUUUGUUUUUUAACCCGUCAUUCUUCUCUUCUGUCUACCCAGUGUUGUCCCCUUCUCUCAGGUGCAACUGCAGACCAUAAGCAUCAAAGAAAUUGAACUGGAAGUGGUGGGCUUGACCAAAAAGAAAGAAAAUGCAGGUUGUUGGGUCUGGUUGUUCUCUGCCCUUUGCGGAAUGAAUUAAAAACUAACUGAACUUUUUGGUGAGAUUGCACUUAACAACUGUGUAGGGUCUUGACUUAUGAUGCUUGUGGUUCCAGUAACAAUAUGAGCAUCUUUCAGGGCUGUGUUGGAUCUUGGACUGCAGGGUUUAUUUUCAACAAAGGAUGUCUAUUAAUACCAAUUCCAUAAAACUCCAGCAAGGUAUAGUGAAGUCAUAAAUCCCUCUUUCCCUAUACAUAGCAUGUUGCCAGCCUCCCAUCCAAGUAAUACUAGUCUUCCAUGUGCCGUUCUAAGAAUUCGUUGAGUACAUGGGCUUCCCUUAUCGAUGCUUCAUAAUCGUUACAGAUUCUGAUGCUUCGUAGUGCCUCAGAAGCAUGAUACUUUUCCUGGGCAAAUCUCAGCUGAGCAAGUGGUUCUACAAGUCUGCUAAUAGUGCGUGCAGUCCUGCUUCAUGCAGGUGCCACAUUACCUUUGCCAUAUAAUAUGCACCCUUAGACUAUUCUCUGCUCAGAAGCUGGUUUCUUCUUCUUUUCUUUUCUACAUUUAUAACCCGCUCUUCCUCCAAGGAGCCCAGAGUGGUGUACUACAUACUUGAGUUUCUCUUUCACAACAACCCUGUGAAUUAGGUUAGGCUGAGAGAGAAGUGACUGGCCCAGAGUCACCCAGCUAGUUUCAUGGCAGAAUGGGGAUUUGAACUCGGGUCUCCCCAGUUGUAGUCCAGCACUCUAACCAUUACUCCAUCUGCCCAUUAGAAUUUGUGAUUGAGCUAGAUGCACGAGUGAGAGGAAGAAAAAGGUUACUACAAGAGUGAAACCCCUAGAACUCUGAAAACGCCAUCUCUUUCCUGCAACUUGAAACCUGCUUUCUUGGGAGUAUAUCAUCUUUUGAGAAUGGACUUGCUAGAUGGAAUUUUAGUAAUUUUUUUAGAUCGGUUUUAUCCAGUCUCCUGUCCUAGUAAACACCUGCCAGAGCUUAUAAACGCCAGUCUCCUUGCACAGAGUGACCCUUUUAAGAAUUCAGACUCCUUUGUUGUGCUUGGUGUCUGGUCAUGACCUGAAAUGAGUCCCACUUGCCCUCUGGAAUCCCAAACCAUGGCAAGUGUUCUCGUUCUGCUGCUCUCUCAGGCCAUACCACUUUUAAAGCUCUGUUGGCCAAAGCAGCAGAAAAGGAAAACACUCUGAUCUUGCGAAGUACUAAACGCCAAACAACAUGCUACAUGCAGCUGCAUAUUAUCAUUUUAUUCUGAUAUUUCUAUUUUUCAUUCAAAAGCAGCCUCUGAGACUGUGAGCUUCAGCGGAGGAAUGGUGGGAAAGGAACUUAAUGUUUACCCCUCUAAGCUACUUUUCACCCCACAAGGGAAAGGGUGUGUAUGUGUGUGGUUUUUAAUAGGAAAGCAUGCAAAAGGAAAAGUUAAGUGUGCAUGUGCAUGCACACGCACUGUUGCUCUUGUGUUGAAAGUCACAACCUUAGAAGCUGCUUUUUUUUUAAAGUCAGAGAGAGAAAAGGUAAACACAGCUGUAGUUUGGCCCCAAGAGCCCUAUUUAUGGGUGCUCAGGCUACUGCUGGGUCAUGCCCUGUGCAAUUAGUUGGUUGGUUUCCACAAAUCCUGCAGGAGUUCUCCCAGCUUGAAUCCAUCCUGCUGUGCAUCAGAAGCUUAAUGGCAGCUGGUAUCUGAUCAGCUGGUUUGUGUAGCUUACAUUCAAGCUUGAGCAUACACAGCAGAAAUCAACUUGGCAAUCAAUGUUGUGCUGUAUGGAAAAGCUGCUAGAAUCGGCUCUCACUUUGUUUAAAAUCUGUAAUGCACUGCUUUAGUACGAACCCCAAACCAUCUUCUCCUGAGGGAAAACAAGAUGUUGGACCAGAUGGAGACGUGGGCACCAGCUCCUCGGCCCAUCAGCCUAAGUGCUGCAGUAACCUUGCUCAAUGGUCUUUGCCUAGGCAAAGGACCGAAAAACAAAUAGCGGUUGACUUGGCUGGAGCAUGCCUGUGAGAUGAGCGUUCGUUGGCCAAAGAAUCUGCACCCUGAGGGUAUAUGGGCAGAUGGAUAGGACUGUUCACAGCACACUAAGAGAGACCCAAGAUGCACUCCAGAAGUUGGCAGGAGAGUUCAGACUCGAAGCUGUGUCAUUUUGUUAACUGGGCCAACUCUGCAGACAGAAGCCAUGUCUCCUCCCAGAUUUACCGCUUGUGAACAUGCCUCCAAAUGACUGAAAAGGCAGCCUCUCUGAAGUGCCUGUUUGUGACCAUGAUGUAGGAGCAUUUAAAAAUUAAUACGGUCACCAGCAUCUGAAGCUGGAAAGCUUCGUGCUAUUGAGAUGUAAACCACUUGGAUUCAUCUUCUGGUCUUUUACUCAACUUAACUCUCAGCUGCUGCUCCCCUUCCCCACACACGCACAGUGUUUAUUUUCUGUAUGUUGACAUUCCUGGAUUACUAUUGGCAAAAUAUAUGUGGGACAGAGCCAAAGGCCACUCUGGCUCGCCUCAAUGUACUUGGCAACAAGUCUGCCUAGGUCUGAACCCAAAUACUGGUUUUUGCAUAGGUUCUACUUGUACUCAUUGGCUAACAUCACGACUAAGCCAGCAGGAGUGUGCUGGGAAACCACACCCAUGCUGCAAAAUCCUUCCAAAGUACUGAAGCAUGGAGUGGGCAGGGUGGGUGGGGUUUUCCGUCAAUCACUGCUUUCCCCCAGAAAUGUCCUAUACCAGGGGUUCUCAAUCUUGGGUCCCCAGACGUUGUUAAACUUCAACUCCCAUAAUUCCCAACCAAAGGUCAUUGGGGCUGGGGAUUAUUGGAGUUGAAGUCCAAUGACAUCUGGAGCUCCAAGGCUGAGAAUCCCUGUCCUAUACCACCUGAAAAUAUGUCCAUGAGGAUUGCAUGGCCCUAGGACAUAUUUUCAGGUGAUGCAGGGCACUUUCGGCAGAAGCAGAGAGAAACAAAUAUCCCUCCCCACACUGCAUGCUAUGCACUACAGAGCUAAGAGUACUCCACCACACAGGCAUGUCUUCCUGGCCCGCUGCUGCUGGCUUAGUCCAGAUGUUAGCGAAUGUCCCCAAUCUAAUUGUUCUAAAAUCCCAUUGCAAAUAGUAGGCCUUGUUAGUUGCAACCUUUCCCUUUGAUCUCAUGGGACUUGAGUGGGACUAUUUUUAGACUGAGGUCUGUGAUUACAGCUGAGGUCUGCAGUCCAAGGAAGCCCACCUUCCUACAGAGCAGGGACAUUUCAGAUGAUCUUUGGCCAGCCUUUGGAUGGGAAUCUUUCCAUUAUUGCCACAGGGCUGGAAAAUGCAAGGAAAAGCAGUCCAGCAAUCCUCUCUGAUGUUGCCUGCUACCUCCAACUACCUUCCCACACCAAAGUAUUAUUGAAUUCUGUGUGAAAACUGAAAGCCCAAGCAGAAACUGCAAUCCAAGCCAUAUGUAAAUGUAUCUGCCUUUGUUGCAAUGGUUACUGCCAGCAUGGUACAGAAGACCCUUCUGUGGUGCACCCCUUUAUUUUACUGAGAGAAUUUCUUACCAGCUGUAAAAUAGCUCCUCUUGUGUAUAUAGCCCUUGAGUCAUCUGAGCUCUGGCUCAGUGGCUUUGGAUGUUGACUUAAGUGCAUGUGAUUUUUUAAAGUAAUGAGAAUGUCUGUUGCAAUUGAACUUAGCUGGAAUUCAUUGUCGUCGGCUUGCAAGGCUUUGGCUACUGCCAUCACUUGGUCAUCUUAUAAUGCAUGUCUAAUUCUGGAUGUCACUUUUAAUUGUCUGAUUAACUAUCAUUCAGGGCCUACUUGAAUCAGGACUUGGAUGUUGCUUCCAAGAGCUUAUUUGCUUUAGACAAGCUCGUGGUUUCAUCCAUUUUUCAUUGUGCCAUCUCCCACGAGCAAGACGUAACUGCAUUUUGCUGUCAGUGCUAGAAUAAGAAGGUUGUGGAGGGAGCGUUGCUCAGAAAGCUCCAAAGCUGGAAUUUGGUAGCAUUGAUUCAUACAGAGAAGAGGAUGUGUGAUUUCGGUAACUUGGGUUGGUUUUGAAAAGUACAACGGCUGUCAAUGCUCCAGUUAAGCAUGAUUGGCACAUGCACUUAGGUGGCAGCAUGCUGAGGUGGUAGAAUGGACUGCACCACUUUGGUAGGUGGGUCACAUUUUCGAAUGCUCCCCUGUGUUAACUCCCUGCAAACAGAAAACCAAUGCUAUGCCAACACUGCACAAGGCUCUGUUGGGCUAGGAAUUGAAGAGCUGCACAGUUGUGCAAGAGCGCUCUUGUACAAGAUGGCACAAUUGAGCAAGCAUCAUUUAUUGUUCAACUGCAUUUGCACAACUGUGCUGUCUUGCACAAAGAGUGCUCCCUUCCUAGCUUGAUGGCAGCCUUGCACAGUAAGCCAGCCAGUGUCCUUACAUGGGAGAAGUGUGUUCCCUGCCUAUAAUCUGAGAUGGAAGAGUCCAUUCUACCAUCUCAUCCUGCUGCCUUCCCAGCCUGAAAGAUCAUUUGGCUUAACAAGGGAUGAUUGCCUAGAGAUCCAUGGAGCACAGCUGAGAAGGCACCUGAAGUGGCUAUAACCUUGCUUCUUGGUGAAGGAAAGGACCUGAAACAGGAUGGUAUUUCCACCCUUUGCACAAAUUCCUUCCCUACGCAGUCCUGAUUCAAGUGUUUAUGAUACUAAGGACUGGACCUCAAAAUCUUUGAGAUAACUGAGCCAAACCUUCACCUUAUGUCAGGUCAGUGUGUGUACCUUAGAACCACAGAAAUGCUUAAUGCAGUACAGCAGUAGUUUACAUUGAGGCAACAGGGUCCCAUUAGUAGAGCAAUGGGAAGGCCCCAUGACUGUAUUUUCCAACAAUUGCUUUGUUACAUGCCAAAUCCUUACCCCCAACCCUCGGCAGGAUUUUAAACAAAAUUCCUGCUUUACCUGUAUUGGGAACAGGGCCUAGCCUCCUUUCUCCAGUGUGCCAAGGUGUGAUGCACUGUGGAAGGCAGUGUCAAAAGUCCGCUCUUCUGUAUCUUUCUGAUCUCUUCUGCAUUCCUCGUUCAUGGUAUGCCUUACAUGUUGCUCUCCAUUUUUAUAUCCAUGAGACUCAGUGUUGGCUUUGUACAAAUCCAUUUUCUCUAAUGUCUUGAAUUCAAAGUCUGAUCCCUUUUUAAAAUCUGGAGUCCUUCUAUGGGACCCUCUUAAGCAAGUACCACAUCAAGUGGGAAAGGAGCUAAUCCAGGAAUUAAGGAAUCUGUGCCUUUCCAGACCUUGUUUCUGUUCUUUUCCAAGUUGAACAUACCUUUUCUCCCAUAGCUGGGAGAACUCCAAGAACCAGAAUGACUUCCUUUUGCCAUUUUCUAUCAUCCCAAUAUACCUGCAUAUAUCCAGCUGUGUCAGUCUCUCCCUUUAUUAAAGCAAGGUGAUUUUAGAUUGCCAGUGUGGAUUGAUAAAAUUAGCUUGCAUAGGUGAGGGCUUUCUUUCAUAUAAUAAAGAUUGAUUGAUAUUUAUUCUUGACAGAAUGUUCCCUGUACCUGUAGACUUGUUCAGUGAAUGUGUUUCUAUAAUGCCCUGUUUUUACUGAGGCAUCUGGGUUGUACCAUUUCAGACUGCAGGUGUGGCCACACAAUGUUGGAGAGAAGGUUGCUAAGCCUAGCUUCCUCCCUAACAUGCUAUUUUUGUAUGGAGGGGCCUCCAUCUACCAUUUGAAGUGGUACAGCCCGACACAGGUUUAGCACCUCAGUCAGAACCAGGUCUAAACAUCUCCUCUCUUACGAAGUCUGUGAUUGAGCCGUUUCCCCACAAUUGCUGCAUUUUUUUAAAAAAAAAGCAUUCCUCAUUUGUGAGCAGGACUUGCAUUCAUUUUAUGUGUGUAAGGGUGUGUUGUUUCUGCAUAACUUGGAACAGGCUUUUUUUUAAUAGGGAAGAAAUCCUUCUCUGCACGGGGGUGCCACUUUGUCAUUUUAUUACAUUUGGAGAGAAACCCUUUUUGUUAAGGGGGGAAGGACAGCAUUGUUGUCUCGUGCCAAUAAUACUUCUAUAACUUAUAUGCUUUAUUUUUAAGUGUCUGUUACCAGGAUAAACAGUUCUUUGACAAAUACAAAAUGGAAGAUAGACCAAGCUGGGGAGAAGCUUCAGUGUGGGAGCUGAAACCCUAUGUGUGUGUGUGCGUGUCACGUAUGUAUAUAUGUAUAUGUAUAUAUAUAGAUAUAGAUAUGAAUGUAUAGUUUUUUUUCAAGUAUGUACAUUUAAAAACCAAUCAAAGCAAAUAGAUCAGUUUAAAUUCACUGGUUUCUCUUCUGGUUUUGGUAUAGCAAUAAUGAUGAUGAAUACUAAUUUAAGUGAACAGUGUUUCUAAUGACUUUCUUCUUUGCCAAGGUCAAAUUUUUGAAAGAAAAAUGAGUCAAGGUCCCCUUUUGUGAAUUUCCCUUGCACACCUUUUCAUGCAUGAUGUAGACUUCUUGGCACCGACCAGGAGACAGUCUUGGAAUUGGAGCCUGACCUUUACAAUGGCCUUGUUAAACAGAAGAAGCAUUAGGAGAGCUUCUUUUGUUGGCCUUUAUCUUCCUUAUUCACUUCCUUAUUCAUUUUUUAAAAGAAGCCUGAGGUUGAGAAAUGUCUUCAGCUAGAGUGGCCCAUGAGGCCUUGGCAUUUCUUGAAUGAAGUUGAAACAAUUCUGUACACAGAUCUUUCCUGCUACUGUAAUUUUUUUUUUUAAAAAAAUUAAAAACCCACAUUUUGUAAAAUC